AUGCUACAAAUCAUCGUCUCGUCACUCACACAAGGCGGGGUCAUAGUCCCUUGUUUGCUAGCGGCAUUUCUGGCGGUCGCCACAAGUUCUGCAGGUUCAUUUCUAGACGAGCAGGCAAAUGACACUCAAAUCAGAUACACCACCAAUUCUGGGGUGUGCGAGACGACGCCCGGCGUCAAGCAGAUCUCAGGGUAUCUAGAUGUUGGCUCGAACAUGUCAAUGUGGUUCUGGUUUUUUGAGUCAAGAAACGAGCCGGAAUCGGCACCCUUCACUUUGUGGCUUAAUGGUGGACCUGGAUGCUCCUCAAUGAUUGGUGUAUUUCAAGAGAACGGACCUUGUCAUGUCACACUCGACGGCAACGAGACCUUCCUCAAUCCAUACAGCUGGAACAAUAUCAGCAACAUGCUGUAUAUCGACCAGCCCAUUGGGUCAGGCUUCUCUUACGGUACUAUUGAUGUCAACAGCACAUUUGCGGCAGCCCCAACGGUCUGGCAAGCCCUACAGAUCUUUUUUGAGAGUGGUAAAUUCGAGCAAUACCAGAGCCGAGAAUUCAUCUUUGCUACGGAGAGCUACGGAGGGCACUACGGACCAGCAUUUGUCACAUACUUCGACGAACAGAACGCGAAGAUCCAGAGCGGCACCCUCCAGGCAGAGCAGCUGAAAGUGAGCGCGCUCAUGAUAAACAAUGGGUGGUACGACCCUCUCCUCCAGAACGAGGCAUACGUCACGUUCGCGACCUAUGCGCCGGGGUACGGUCAGCUGCAGAACGAUACGGUCCUUGCACAACUCAAUGAGGCGUUCUACGGACCUGGCGGCUGCCUGGAGCAAGAGCUGGACUGCUACAUCGCCGGCGAGUCUGCGGAGAGCAACCAGAUCUGCAAUACCGCCGACGCGUAUUGCAUAGACUACGUUUUUGUGCCGGCAGUGGGCGACCGCGACGCAGACGAUCUCCGCCAGAACGCGUCGGCGCUCUUUCCUCCGGAGUACUAUGUGGCCUACCUGCAGAACCCCGAGGUCAUGGCACGGAUAGGUGCCGAGGUGCAAUACCAGGAGUGCUCCUACCCGGUCGAUGAUGAGUUUGAGCGAACCGGAGACGAUGCGCGCACGCUCCUUCCCGAACUCGGCGCACUGGCGAACUCAGGGCUCAAAAUGCUCAUAUGGGCGGGGGACGCGGACAUAAAUUGUAACUGGCUCGGCGCCCACGCGUCCGUGCUCGCGAUGGAGUGGUACGGCAGCGCCGCCCUGCACGCCACGCCCUUCGUCAAUAUGACCAUCGGCGGGCACCCGGUCGCGGCGGUGCAGAAUGUAGACAACUUCACUUUCGCGAGGGUCUACGAGUCUGGGCACGAAGUGCCCGCCUUCCAGCCACAAGCGGCCCUCGAGAUAUUCACGCAGGUGAUCAAGAAGGAACAGCUGCACUCGGUCGACUAG